AUGAUACGCUCUUCUUCUAUUUCAUAUGUACUAAACUGUCUAGAUGACUUAUAUUCAAGACAUUGUUUUAAACUUUAUUUCACGAAGCUUUGUGAAUGGGACAGUGUUAUUAAAAGUCUUUUCUUCUGGUUAUCUUCUAUGCCUAAUUUCGUGAAAAAAUACAUUUGCGCUUGGUGCAUGAAAAGUGACGAAAAAGUCCCACAAUGUAUUCUGGAAAGCAGCGCUGAGCUCGUUGAUAUAAACGUUAUUCGCAACAUAGUCUUCAUGGCGAAGGAUGAGCUGCACACGGUUGCCACUUUGGACGAAGCUCUGUUGCACCAUAGUGAUCGUUGUCGUUUCUUGUAUGGUACAGGUGAUUUGUGGUGUCCUUUACAUUAUGCUUCAGAAAUGCAGAGAAGAAUUGGACGUGGAUUAGUUUUCAUCGACGACAAAUGCGAUCACGCAUUCGUAGUAAGACAUGGGGAAGCAGUCGCCGAUAAGAUUGCAGCAUGGAUCACGGAGUGUUAG